UAAACUAUAGUGAGAGGAAGUGUAGUAUUCUCUCCACUUGGGUCUUAAAACCGUUACACUUAUUGAUAAAAACAAAUAUAUAAUUCUUAUUUUCUUAAUUCUCAAAUUAAAUUAGCUUUUCCCAUAUAAAUUCAUAUCUUACUAUACCUUAAAUGUGAAUAGUUACCAUCUAAUUUUACAAUAUUCAUUGUUUGAUUCUUAAAUCUUCUUUCUAGUUGAAAGUUAGAUUUUGUGAAGUGGGUGUAUAGUGUAUAGUUGUGAUACACUUGAUUUUCAGGGUAAAUUUUCGAGUUUUCAUUUCGGUUUGUAAGAUCUUCAUCAUAAAUAAAAUUUGUUACUUUACGAAUUUUACAUCUUGGUAUUAUAGAUUCAUAUUUAUAUAGGCUUGAAAAGUAGGAUUUUCGUUAUCAUCUAUCGCGAAAAUCAUCCAAAACAUGUUUAUUCUGUCUAAGUUGGGAGAUGAACAAUAAUAAAAUUUGAUAUACAAAUCCAAAUAUUUGUAUUUCCCUCACUCUGGAUUGAGUGAGGUGAUUGUUCGAAUUAUAUUAUUAUUUUUAGUUAAUUUGGAGAAGGAAUUAUUGUAUUGUAAGUAAGUUAUUCUAUUGGACUUUAUAAUGGAAAUGGAGAGACUUGUAAAGGGAGGAAAAUCUGAGGCUAAGAUUGCAGGACCUCUGUUUCCAAGGCUUCAUGUUGAUGACACAAAGAAAAUAGGGCCAAGGGCACCUCCUAGAAACAAAAUGGCUCUUUACGAUCAACUAUCCAUCCCUUCUCAACGGGUUACCAAUACACCAUUGUCGACAUUAGCUCCUCCUCCGCCGCCUGUCUAUGGUGGUCGCAUGAUAACGGGUUUGCCUUCUUCAAGCCAAGGUGUUGGCAUAGAAAGAGUUAUGGUUUCCCCUAGGCAGAAAUCUCAUGUGGCGAAUCAUUCAACUGGUAGAAAAAGUUCAACUUCUUAUGAAAGAGUUUCAGACAAUACAAAUGGAAAUCCUCACAAGAGAUCGAUAACAACAUAUAGUGAGAAUAUGAAUAGUGCAGAAGGCCAAAUGUUGGAUGUCCCAAAUACAUUUCUUGAACCAUGCGACUUUUCACAAUUAAAAUGGCGUUCUCUACCGAAUGACGAGUCCGAACUUAGAUGUCCAACCUUUGUCUAUCCACAAAUGAGUUUGGGUUCUAGUAAAAACCAAUCCAGUUCAAAGGAGGACAAAAUUCUGGUUAGUGCAAGUUGUUCCUUAGAACAACAAACAACUAAUGCAAAGAAAGUAAAGACAACAUCCAUGUCUCAUAAUCCAGAAUCUGAGAGAUCACAAUUAGUCACAAUAUCGAAUGGAGAUGAAGCAGAGGUGCCUAAAGUAAGGCACAAAGACGAGAAGACACUGCAUAGUUUCCCUCAAGGUAACGAGGGGCCUGAUAAAUUCUUAAGUACAUUUUCAAAAAUAUAUUUGAAGCCCUUAGACCUUAACCCUGUUGCCUCAAAUAUUCAAAACCAUAAAGGUUGUAAGCAAAAUCAAACAGACACCAUUAAAGCUCCAAGUCAUAUGGGUAUAUCCAAGACUAAGGCCACCAUAGUUAACAAUGCUUCGAUACUAAGAAGUGAAUUAUGUAAUGAAUUUCCCAUUACUAAUGUUCAUGAUCAUCACCGAACACAUAGUGUUGGAACUGAUAAUGAACACGACAAAAAUCAAACUAAGACUUGUCCUGUUAAUCUUGACAAUUUGGAAGAAGAUCAUUCACAGAUUUCAGUCAAGGAUUGUUCAUCGCGUGGAGUCAUUACCCCAGAUGUUGUCGUAGAGAUGAUAGGUCACAAACAAUUUUGGAAAGCAAGGGAACAAAUUAUUCACCAACAAAGAGUUUUCUCGAUGCAAGUGCUGGAGUUGCAUAGAAUUAUUAAGGUGCAAAAAAUGUUGUCUACUGGUUCCGGAAAUGUACGGCAAAAUGAGCCUAAUUUAAUCAAGGAAUUGUUACCCGAGCCUAUGCAAGAAGGUCCAUUAUUAUUAUGGAAUGAAAAAUCGAGAAAUGAAGUAUCGAAUUCGAAGAUAAAAGUUGUUGAUAAUAAUGGUAUUGAUAACCUACCUCUAUUCCCCCUAAGGUCCGACACAAGAAAUUAUGGAGUUAAUUUGGGAAAACAUAAUACAAAUAUGUCUAUGUUAUGCCUUCCGCCACAAGGAAAUCAAUGGUUACUUCCAGUGAUAUCCCCUUCAGAAGGACUUGUCUACAAGCCUUACCCUAAUCUUCACCAUCCUCCUCCUCUCCCUCCUCCUCCUCCUCCUCCUUACUUCCCAGAAUGUGGGAACGAGGAGUUUCUAAACUCGUCUAUUGGUAUGAAUCCCUCAUACUUAACACCAUAUGGAAUGUCCAUCUCCCCAUCAACUAUGAAGCAGAAGAUGAUGAUGACAGGGUUCUAUGAUGUAAACCCUAGAAAUAACAACGUUGGAGAAGGGAAAGACAGUGAAAAGCUCCUAAGUACAGCAAGUAAUUGUACUAAGAAGAUUGAAGCUACAAAUCAUCAUCAUCAUCAUCAUCAUCAUGUUCUUCAAUUAUUUCCAACUACUCCUACUACCACUCAAGAUAUCGUCCAACCUAUACAGAGUUGUGAUAAUGAUAGGAAAACGAAGGUGAUUAAGGUUAUACCUCGUAAUCCUAAAUUAGCAAGUGAAUCUGUUGCCAGUAUAAUCAAAUUAAUACAAGAAGAACGAAAGGCAUUGCUGUCAUUAGGUACCACUACCACACUCUAACAAGACAUUUUUUGUUUGUCGAUGAAGCUAAACAGAGCUGAGACACAUAAUUAAAGACAUUUUUCUAAGUUUACUUUGAAAAUUGUAAAAACAAACCAUUUUCUUUGGAACUGGAGCAUCAUAUAAUUUAAUGUUAAAUGUAAGUACGGAGUAUAAUGAUAAAAGGAAAAUUAAAUUCUGAAAAUUUAAUCUAUGGAUUGUGUGGUUGAUGCAAUAUCUCUCACAAAUUGAUUA